GCAGGUCACCACAUCCCGCCUGAGCAUACCGGCAAAUGCAGCGGUUUCAUUGGACAGGGCUGCUAACGUUAAAAGGGGCGUGAAGUUUGCUGCUAGCAGCUAACCUAGCUCCUGUGUGAUCAUCUGAGAUCUUCUGCUUCAUCCCUGGAGGCGCCCUGCAGAACCGAAAAACAAAGCUAUAGAGCCAGUUACAUGUGCAGACGCCAUGGUUUAAUGUGCUUCUCUGAGCCGGAGAAGCUAUCAGGCUGAGGGACAGAAACAGUUAGUUAGUGAGAUGUUGAUAAAGGCCUCUGUGGACAUGGUGUUGUGGGUAUCGGCGUUAAUGCGAACGUGGCUAGAUAGCCUAGCAUGCUAGGUAGCUGGGCUUAAAGCUGUUGCUGAAACUAGUUAGCGAGGAGCGUAGCAUAACACUGGCUCAUAUUACUGAGAAGAAACGUUAAACUCUUUAACUCGUUCAGUAUUUAACAGCAACUCGUUGAAUUAACGUCAUAAACGUUAGAGGCAUUUGUUGCACUCCCAAGUAAUCUGCUGUACGGUUUGGCUAAUGAUAGCUAAUUUAACGCGCUAACAUGCAGUGCUAGGUUAGCAUAGCAGCGUUUCAGUCGUCAACCACGGCCGCCCUGCACCAUCAGAGCAACGGGUCGGCAGCUAGCAGUUACUGGGCAUUGUGCGGUAUGUAACCAUGGCAUGCUAACCAUCCAUCAGGAAAGUUGGUGACUGGCCAUAACGUUACAGCCAACGUUAGCACAGGCCAGUUUUGACUGACUAUAUAGUUGUGAUUUAUAGGAUUGUUGAGAUAGAGUUGUUAGGAUAAUUAGCCAGGGUUAAUUUGUUUAACAACGGAGUUAUACAGACUACAGGGCCUUGCAGAUUACAGUGGUGUAACUACAUAUUUACUUUAGUUUGUCUCGUCAGCUCAUUUAGCCUUAAAGAUUAUGUUUCCUAAAAACACGUAAAGGUAAAAAAAAAAGUUUGGAAAGCAACCAUGUAACGCCACUGAGCUUGUUAGCCAUUUUAAGUUCAUGAAUUGGUGGCGGGCAACGGUAGCUAGCAAAAUGAACAAUUCAGGAGUCCUGGCGCAAGAGAAGAUGGAGCUGGAUCUGGAAAUCCCAUUGUCGUUAGCUCAGACCGAGGGGCACUUGAGACGAUCCAACAGUGCACCCAUGAUAAAUGUCUUAAGUGAUAACUCCCAAGUGUUUCAGAGAGAGGUCCUGCGCAGCCGGAGAAAUAGCACUACAGUGGUCAACAGGCCCAACAUGGUCCCUUCAUCGCCUAUUCGGGUCCCCAGCACCAGACUUCACCAGAUCAAACAAGAGGAAGGCAUAGAUGUGAUGAACAGAGAAACUGCACAUGAGCGGGAGGUUCAAGCCGCCAUGCAAAUCAGCCAAUCCUGGGAAGAAAGCCUCAGUCUGAGUGACAACGAUUUGGAGAAGUCAGCGUCUUCGUCUCCUAAGCGCGUCGACUUUGUGCCCGUGUCCCCAGCUCCGUCCCCGACCAGAGGGAUAGGAAAGAAGCAGUGUUUCUCUCCUUCACUACAAAUCCUUGUGAGCAGCAAUGGCCUGACGCCCAGCCCCGUACCGAGCCCAACGCGACGCUUCAGCCGACGGAGUCAAAGCCCGAUCAACUGCAUCAGAGCCAGCAUACUUGGACCAAUGAAACGCAAAGGUGAGAUGGAGACGGAGAGUCAGCCUAAGAGGCUCUUCCAGGGCACCACCACCAUGCUGUCCUCAGAGGUCUCCAACCUGUCCGAGCUCAGCUCCUGUCACUGUCCCGACAUGCUGGACGGCAGCCUGAGCAGCGUGGGCUCCUCCACAGACUCCCCGGGCAAAAUGGAGGGAGUGUCGCCCUCCUCGUCCAGCAACUCGCCGUUCGCUUCCCUCCAGGAUUUGUCGCCAAAGUGAGCAUGGGAUUUGAAGAGACAGUUUAAAUAUAUAUUCUAAAAGACUGGUGCCAAAAAGCAUCUCUCCAGGGAGCACGCCUCCUUUUCAGACCCUCCAUCUCAUCGCUUAGAUUUGGUGGAUUUUCUCCAUGUUUGUUUCUGAGCGGCUGUUCUCAUGGCUACAGUUCGGAGGGUAUGUUUGAUUUAAGGAAGCAAAAAGCCAUGGAUGAGUUUUUUUAGUGAAACUAAGAAAAUGUCUGAAGAAACUGGAGCACCAGCUGCUAGUAGAGGAUAUGGAUGGUGCUCGGCUUCAUAGUGAGUGUGUUCAUUACUAAUGCUCGAGCACUGGACUUAAAGAAAAUGACUAUUUGGAUGUGUACAUUUCCCCUUUUCGCGCUGGAAACCCUCUGUCAGCAGGCUUCUUUUUUUUGUAUGUACAGUCCUGUUAUUUUGUAAGAAAAAUAUUUAACUUAUUGUUUCCCUGCUUUUGCUUGUAAUUAUGUACAUAAUAUCCCCGUCAGAUGUAGUUUUAAGUUUGGCUGUGAGGUGAAUGUGGGCACAGGUCUUCAGCAGCGAAGAGUUCUCUUUGUAAAGGAACUUAAACUACUCCUGGGGUACACCUACGGAGAUUUCCUCACUGUUCUAUUGGAAGAGUUGUGUUUUCAGCAGAUUUUCAUAAUAUUUUUAUGAUACGGGCUAUGAACUGUGGGUUUAUUUUAAUUUUAUAUAUGACCCCAUCCCAAGACUUGCGUCUUUGUGUACAACACUAAGGGUUCCUGUGUUUUUGUCAGGAUGUCUGUAUAUAAGCAGAGUGUAGAGAUGUUCUGCUGGGGAAAUAUUCCUAUCUAUGAAUUUUGUGAGGUUUCAUAUUCCCAUCAAAAGUAAACAUCACACAGUAUCACAUCCUGUCAGUAUGUGUGUGAGCGGGAUAGACGUCAAACUUUCUUAUAAGAAAAAUAUCCAAGAAAACAGUAUACUGUACUGCUUUCAAAUGUCCCGAUUCCAGUGUCCAUAUCCCCUGUGUUUGUAUAAAAGGAAGUGAUUGUAAAUCAUAUUAUGGAAGUGUGCCCCUUUUUUAAUUUAAAGAUACGUUUGGUUUAAUUUUCUUUGUACGAAAAAUAAAAAGCAGUCGGCUUGCCCUGCUGUCGAGAUGAUAUUUUUUUCUCAUCUUAUGAAGUGUUAAGGGCAUGAAUCUAGCAAAUUUGAUACUGUAUGACUGCAAUGGAAAAACUGUAAUAAUCUGCCAAGCCGGCUGACAACUCGCCUAUGCUUGUCUUUUGUGAUUGCAAUCGUAGUGAACAUCAGGAAUAAAUAAAUUAUUUCUUUAUGAG